CAUCCGCGCCGGGAGCGGUGGUGUGAGCGGUGAGGGCUGGCGGCCGCUGGGGUGAGGUGCGAGGCGGAGCGCGCGACGACGGACUCUGGAGGAGCGAAUGUAAGUCGGCAAACAGCAGAAAAUGUCCACUGAACGGACUUCUUGGACAAGCCUGUCCACUAUUCAGAAAAUAGCCCUGGGCCUCGGGAUCCCAGCCAGUGCAACAGUUGCCUAUAUCCUAUACCGAAGGUAUAGGGAAAGCAGAGAAGAGCGGCUGACGUUUGUUGGGGAGGAUGACAUUGAGAUAGAGAUGCGAAUUCCCCAGGAGGCUGUGAAGCUCAUCAUUGGCCGGCAAGGGGCCAAUAUUAAACAGCUGCGGAAACAGACAGGUGCUCGAAUUGAUGUGGACACAGAGGAUGUAGGCGAUGAGCGAGUACUGCUUAUCAGUGGUUUUCCUGUUCAGGUGUGCAAGGCCAAAGCAGCAAUUCAUCAGAUCCUGACAGAGAACACCCCAGUGUCUGAGCAGCUCUCGGUUCCCCAGAGAUCUGUGGGCAGAAUCAUAGGGAGAGGCGGUGAGACGAUUCGUUCUAUCUGUAAGGCCUCUGGAGCCAAAAUUACCUGUGACAAGGAAUCAGAGGGGACAUUACUACUAUCAAGACUUAUAAAAAUCUCAGGAACACAGAAGGAAGUGGCAGCCGCCAAGCAUUUGAUACUGGAAAAAGUUUCAGAAGAUGAAGAACUUCGGAAGAGAAUUGCACAUUCUGCAGAAACCAGAGUCCCACGCAAGCAGCCAAUCAGUGUGAGAAGAGAGGAAGUGACAGAGCCAGAUGGAGCUGGAGAGCCCGCUUUAUGGAAAAACACCAGUUCUAGUGUGGAGCAGGCCACACCCCUGGCGGUUACUCCCCACAAAGGAGGUGGUGACGUGGCUGUUGUAGGGCCAAAAGAAGGUUCCUGGGAGAAACCUAAUGAUGACAGCAUUCAAAAGUCUGGAGCCCAGGCCAUUCCAGAGAUGUCCGUGUUUGAAAUCCCUAGUCCUGACUUUAGUUUCCAUGCUGAUGAGUACCUAGAAGUCUAUGUCUCUGCUUCUGAACACCCUAACCACUUCUGGAUCCAGAUCAUUGGUUCCCGCAGCCUGCAAUUGGAUAAGCUUGUCAAUGAAAUGACCCAGCACUAUGAAAAUAGUCUGCCUGAAGACUUGACUGUGCAUAUAGGAGACAUCGUAGCUGCACCUUUACUUACAAAUGGUUCCUGGUAUCGAGCCCAGGUCCUUGGCACCUUGGAAAAUGGAAACUUUGACCUCUAUUUUGUUGACUUUGGAGAUAAUGGAGAUUGCCCACUGAAGGACCUCAGGGCUCUCAGGAGUGACUUUCUAAGCCUUCCAUUUCAAGCAAUAGAGUGUAGUCUGGCCCGGAUCGCCCCCUCAGGUGAACAGUGGGAAGAGGAAGCUUUGGAUGAAUUUGAAAGACUCACUCACUGUGCUGACUGGAAGCCCCUUGUGGCCAAGAUCUCUAGCUAUGUCCAGACUGGGAUCUCAACUUGGCCAAAGAUCUACUUAUAUGAUACUAGCAAUGGGAAGAAACUUGAUAUUGGGCUAGAAUUAGUUCGUAAAGGAUAUGCAAUUGAGCUUCCUGAAGACGUGGAAGAAAAUGGAGCUGUCCCAGACAUGUUGAAGGAAGUGGCCACAGAAACAGAUGCCUCUCUCGGCAUCAUGCUCACUGAGACCAAAAAGAGCCCUGGAGAGACAACACAUACCCUGUCCUGCCUCAGCUUAUCAGAAGCUGCCUCUAUGUCUGGUGAUGAUAACCUUGAAGACGACUACUUGCUCUGAUGUUUGGACUUCAGCUGGCUCAGCCAUCUGCUUUGCUGUGAUUUGGUGCCUGGAGAAAGGAGUCUGUGAUAAAAAGAGAUCCAUGAAGUCCUGUAUUGCGUACACAGUCUGGCUUGCUGUGGACCAAAUUCGUUUUCUCCUUCCACUGGACUACCAAAAAGAGUGGGGCAGAGGGAAACAGACACAUUCCCCCUACUCCAAUUCUGAUUUCUCCCCCCCUCCUCCAGUGUUUGAAUACUGCUGUUCCGGGCUGUUCAGCGCCAGGCUUGGUCCCCUCUGCCAGUCAUAAUGCACAGUGCUGCUAGGCUGUGUGUCCUUUUUGAGGCUGGGAAACAGCCAGAGUUUGGUCAUUGGAAGUGAUGAUUCUGUAAACUUCUGACUUACCUUCUCAGGUGACUAUGGUUAAAGGAAGUUUUUGAGUGGUAAGCUCAAAGACUGGGGGCUCAGACUGCAGUUGAGUCAGGAGGCAAAGGCAAAAAUAAGCAUAAUUAUAUUAAAAAGCCUUGAAGUAAGAAGAGAAAUACUACCUCCUAGCCUCAAUUGCUGGUGUUAUUGGAGACAGGUUUUUGAAACUGUGCUCCAGCUAUUUCUAUGUAAACUUUAGUUAAAAUAGAAGUAAAGGGGAGAGGAAGCUCAGGAAAUACUCUAAAUUGCUAACAUAAUAUCCAUAUGUAUGCAUACACAUGUACCCGUAGAGAACAUAUAUAGUUCUGUUUAAAUCAUUUUGAGGGGAUUCUUUGCUGAAUAAAGUUCUCAAGAAAAUUAAUCUAAAACCAAA